CAUGACCGGGCCGAUAGAUGUUGGGGAAGCAAGAAAAUGAGAAGUCCCAGGCUGCUCAGUGCUCACGCCUAGAAACCUGCGACGGCCAACUGGACGUCUGGAAGAAGACGUCGGGAGCGGACGUGCGGUUCCCGAGCCUCGGCGGUGAAGACAGCUCAGCCCCGGGCACAGCUCUCUGGACAGCAGGGCCGGUGCUGAUGGCAGACAAUGUCAGCCACUAACAACGUAGCCCAGGCCCGGAAACUGGUGGAGCAGCUGCGCAUCGAAGCCGGCAUCGAGCGCAUCAAGGUGUCCAAAGCCUCGUCGGAACUCAUGAGCUACUGCGAGCAGCACGCCCGGAGCGACCCCCUGCUGGUGGGAGUCCCCGCCUCUGAGAACCCCUUUAAGGACAAGAAGCCUUGUAUUAUCCUGUAGCCCUGUCUCCGGCGUCCCUCCCUCCGGCUCCCUCGGCUCGGGCGUCGCUCCCUGCACCAGCAAGCGAGCCAUCUACAGUCCUAAAACGCUCAUCCCCAAGAGAGGCGAGCAGCCGCCACCAUGGAUGCGGCGAAAUGCGUCCUCUGGGUCUAGCUGGAGCUUCGAGCCCAGCAGCGCUGUCCUGUCCGGGCCCCGCAGGGAGACGCGGGGGGGCCCCGGCCCGUGGGGAGCCACAGAAAUGCCCGAGUGACACGUUGACGGCGUCAGGAGGCUCUGGGCCGCCAUCGGGGUAGCGGCCGGGCCCGGCGGGGGAAGGAGACGGGGGACCUGGCGGUGGCCCCGGGCACCCAGAGCGUGGCCACCCUCGCACCAUUGUCCGUUUGUGGAAACACGGGCACCGGGUGAGGCUGCUGCAUUUGCGCUGCUUCUCCCCGAGCUGCCCGAGGUCGGGGGUGCGCGGAGGGCCCAGUGCACGGCUCGGGAACCGCGUCUCCUCUCCGCUGAGCCCAGAGCCCGCAGCUGUGCGUCGCGGGGAACGCACCCCCAGAUGGUAGGGGCCGGGAGGGUGGCUCUGUCCGUGCAGCGUGCCCCGCGUGGCCUCAUGUCCCCCUGCACCACGGCACUGGCGUGGCAUCGGUGUGGCACGUGGCCCCCGACAGCCCCGCCGCGGCCCCCAGCCCUUCGAGGGGACCCCAGCCCUCAGGGAGGCGGGUCUGCGGGCCCCUGCCCGGCUCCCAGGAGCGGCCGCCUACGUCGCGGCCCGUUUUGAGCGCCCGCAGUGAGGUGGGCAGUGCGAACCGUCUGUGCUCGGCCGUUCCGGGCGGCUGUGUUGUGUUCUGUUGUGUUUUCCGCUUUUGCGUGUCGCCGUGGCCACUUUGCAGACGGGAGGGUGGCCUGGAGAGGCCCUGCCUCGCAGGUCAGAAGGCGUCUGGUCCCAGAAGCAGCUGCGGGGCCCCGGGGGUGAGAUGCCUAACCCGCUCGCCUGCCCUCCCGCGGCUUUUCUUCAGUCGCUUGGCCCCUGUGACGACCUGGACGGUUCCAGGAGCAGGAGGCGGAAGGAGGGCCCCGAGCACACCCGUCCCACACCUGCCCCGCCCUUGCACCCCUGCGUACCCCACCCCAGGAGGGUCCUCCCCCUUACAGGCCGGGGCCAGGGCCUCGUGCCAACCUCAAGGCUCCUGCUCCCCAACCCCCAGCCCUGCAAGUGCCAAGGCCCAGACCCCAGCAGCGCUAAGGUUUGGGGAUGGGGGGGGACGCGUCCCCAUGCGGGCUGGCUCCCCAGGGCGCAGGCUAUAGGGUCCAGCCUUGCUCCCCGGCUCCCAGCUCUCUCCGGCCGGUCCGGGAGCACCAGGGGUUUGGGGGAGCCCAGCGUCUCCAAACCUGCCAUUGGACGGGGGACCCUCGAGGUCCCGAUGCCCUGGGCACCUUUCACUGGGCGGGAGCCAGCCUCUCACCCUCCCCAGCUGAGCAACGACAGAGCAGAAGCUGUCCGUGGAGGGGAGGCCAGGGCCCGGGGGGAUCCGCCCCGAGACACCAGACUGGGGAGGUGGUUGGCAGAGCAAAGCCUGUCUGGGCCCCUUCUGUGAAAGCCUUAAUCCCUGGAGCCCAUCCUUCCCCUGCGUCCCCAGCACCCCGGGCUGGUCCUCCGGCCGCGGGUCCCCAGCGAGGACGGGAGGCCCUGGUCUCAGUCCACCCCCUCCCUACCGGCCUUGUCCCGCUCAGCCCCACCGCGUGUCCCCAGCUCGCGGCCCAGGUGCGGUUGAACGGAGUCAGGGAGCCCCACAGCCGGCGGCACCCCCAGCCCUGGAGUGAACCCCAACUCAAGUCAGAGGCCCCAGGGCUGGGGGUGGGGGUAAACUAGCCCCAGAGAGGGUGAGGACGGGCGCGCCCCCAGCCCCCGCCAUCACACCUGCCCAGCUGCCUCCCCCAGGGGCUGCCCAGGACCUCGACCCCGGGAGGUGGCCGUCCCCACCGUGGGUGUCCUUCUAGCUCCUGUUUUCCUUCUAGAGUAAGUCUCCGUGUCCCUAGUGUAGACCCCGAGCGCCCGAGCCUUCCCUGGGCACGUCCUGCAUGAACACAUCGCGUGCCCAGCUGUCAGCGGGAGCCGGCACAGCUGGCGCCACAGGCCUGGGGGAGACCCGCGUCUCCAGCCACGUCAUGGGGAGGACGUUAAGGGCACCAUCCCCAACACACCGAGUCUGGGGGUCCCCAGGGGGCUGGCACGUGGGGCGCUUCCCCUCCCCUCCCCCACACCAGGAAGGAGCUAGAAUGUGCACCCCUCCCCACAGGUGACCCCCAGGCCAAGAUUUAAGUGACUGGGGGCAUGACCCCUGGCCUGGGGGAUGUGAACCGCGGGCGGCGGAGGGUGCCGUCCUGCCUGCCACUCCGGCGUCCUUGUCCGAGUGCUGGGCCUCCGGGCAGCUUCCCCGGCUCUGCAGGGCCCCGCCGAGUGCGGGGGCCGGGAAAGGCCGUCAGCCUGCCCCAAGGGCAAGGGACCAGGGGCAGUUUCCCGGCCAAGGUGAGGCCACCAAAGGUCGCGCUGGUCCUCCAAGAACACCUACAAAAAGCCAGCCUGCCACGGAGUCCCCGGAGAAGCAGCCAUAUGUCGGGCCCUCGCCCGCUUCCUUCUCGGUCCGUGGAAACCAUUGCCAAACGUUGCAAAGACCGGUUCCGGCUCGCAGAAGCCGUCCGUGGCUCUAGCAGGUUCUACCCCAUCUCCUUUGGGAUGUUCAGUGGCUUUUAUUUCUGAUUUUUUUUUUUUAAAGGGAAAAAAAUUCCAGGUGCGCCACACCCACUUUCUUGCAGUGUUUUAAUAUUGUGUGGAAUCGUUAAUACAGAGUGAACUAAUCCCCA